UGUGUGCGGGCCGGGCCGGGCCGGGUAAGCUGCCAGCCGGGUGAGUGUCGUGAACAGUCGCCGUGUUGGCCCCAGUCUCCCCACACUCCGUGAAUAACUGGAUGGAGGAGUCGGAGGUGCUUGUUUGAGUUGUUGUGACGGAAGAGAACUGCAAGAGAUGAAGUGAGGAAUUACCAGCUGAAGAAAACAGGAUGUAACAAACCGCAGACCAGAAUGUCAAGUGGAACAAAAGAGACUUCUUGUUGUUAUUCACCUCCCUGCCCGAGUCUCAGCGGACUGAACUAACCAGCAGCUAAACCGGCUAACGCUAGCUGAGUUAACGCUAGCUACAUUACGGGCAGACUUUCUGAAGUGGAUUCCCCUCUGUGUUCACAGUUUCAAGCAUCCUUGCUUGUUUGGUGAGUGCAUUGACAUUUCCUCGCCAUGGCAGCAGUGGUUAGCUACUCUCCACCGUGGUGGGUGAACCUUCUACACAGACUUCCUCAUUUCAACCUAAAGUUCGAGCAAACAAGCAGUGAUUUCCGACCAGAGGACUGGACAUAUCAACAGUCCAUCCUGUUACUGGGAGGUGUGGCGCUUGCCUGUCUGGCCCUGGACCUUCUAUUCCUGUUAUUCUAUUCCAUUUUUCUGUGCUGCCGGCGGAGCAAAAAUGAGGAGCAGCCCAACGCUGACUGCUGCUGCACAGCCUGGUGUGUCAUCAUUGCAACACUUGUCUGCAGCGCUGGCAUUGCUGUCGGUUUCUAUGGGAACGGCGAGACUUGUGAUGGAGUGAAUCGUCUGACGUAUUCCCUGCGCCAUGCUAACCGCACAAUCACUGGGGUGCAGAAGCUGGUAUAUGACGGCACAUCCUCAUUGAACCAGACAGUAGACGACAAUCUGCAACAGCUUGAGGGCCAGUAUGCGCAGCAUGCGGACUACCUGUCCAUCGUCCAAAAGCUGCGGGGCCAGCUGGACGAGCUGGUCAGGCAGAUGGUGGAGAUUCCCUUCUGGGACAACACCAACAUCUCCCUGGAGGAACUGGCCGUCAAGAUUGAGCUGUAUGACUGGUACAGGUGGCUGGGCUACAUAGGCCUGCUACUGUUCGAUGUCCUCAUCUGCCUUCUGGUGCUGUUUGGCCUCAUUCGCAACUCCAAGGGAACGCUUAUAGGGGUGUGCUUGUUCGGUGUAGUGGCUCUGGUAAUCAGCUGGCUCUCCCUGGGGCUCGAGUUGGCCGUCUCUGCGACCUCCAGUGACUUCUGUGUUGCACCUGAUACAUAUGUCACCAAAGUGGCCAGCCAGUAUGGACUCAUCAAUCAAGAUAUCCUGCAGUACUACCUUAGUUGCAGUUUGGAACAAAGCAACCCCUUCCAGCAGAAGCUUUCCGGGAGCCACAAAGCAUUAGUGGAAAUGCAGGAUGACGUGACUGAACUGUUGCGCUCUGCCACCAGAGAGUAUAAACAAACUAAGGGAAGUUUGGAAGAGAUCCAGGGGAUACUGAACACAACUGAGAUCAGUCUGCAUCAGCUCACCGCCCUGGUGGACUGCCGCAGCCUGCACAUGGACUAUGUCCAGGCCAUGACGGGGCUGUGUUACGACGGACUGGAAGGCCUCAUCUACCUCGUGCUCUUCUCCUUCGUCACUGCUCUCAUGUUCAGCUCCAUCGUUUGCAGCGUGCCUCACACCUGGCAGGCCAAGAGGAGCGACGAGGACAGUGAGGAUGAGUCUCUGAGUCACGGGGGAAGGCAAAACCAUGAUAACCUGUACCGGGUCCACAUGCCCAGCCUUUACAGCUGUGGCAGCAGCUACGGCAGCGAGACCUCCAUCCCUGCUGCAGCCCACACCGUCAGCAAUGCACCUGUCACUGAGUACAUGGCUCAGAACGCCAACUUUCAGAACUCUCGCUGUGAAAACACGCCUCUGAUAGGACGAGAGUCUCCUCCCCCCUCGUACACCUCCAGCAUGCGGGCCAAGUACCUGGCCAACAGCCGACCAGAUCCCAACAGCUCUCCUGCGCAAUAGACGACACACUGGACUGAUCCGGCCUGCGGCACUGACGGCCAUCCAAUUAUUCCUCCAGCCAGUCAGUCGUUCUUUCUCAUACGCUCCCUCUGCUUUCCUCCACCUUCUCGACGUCUUGACUUCAAGUGGAAAACCAAAUGUGCUUUUGCUGGUCAGUUGAAGCCAAACUUUUAAGGAAUCCUGCAGAUCAUCAGUCUUAUCUUAUUAGUCAGGACUUGCUUUUUCUCCGGUUUCCACAAUCCUUGACUGGGGUUUAUUAUUUCAAGAGCCAUUGGUGCUGGGAGCUCAUCUGAAACUCUGACGUGAUGGAGCCUGGACUGACUUUUACACUCCAAUUUAAUUAUUUUUAUUUUGUUUUUUAAAUUUCUCUGCGCAUGAAUGCAUCGUGACAUGUACAGUGUCCCACCUAACAAGGCAUUGCAGUGUUGAGGACUCUGGAAGUGCUCAUAGACUAACACUGAUAACUACUGGUUGUUGUUUCGUUGAUUUUAUUUUGUUUAUUUACUGUACUGCCAUCCCUCAUUGCUGUGGGAGAGUAAGAGAAAUGCCUUACACAUAAAUAUGAGAGAAAUCAGCUGUUUCAUUCCCACCUGAAGCGCGGACGUUAUUCCUCACACUCAGCAUAGGUCAAAUUGGUGUAGAAUAGAUAGAUUUCACAGUGCAACAUGCUAUUUCUUCAGGUUUUCUGUCUGCUUGUGGAGUCAACCAGUCAGAUUUGCGUUAUUCUCCAGUUAAUGUUGCCGUACUGUAUAUUACACAUGCACAUUGACUUAUUUUUGCUUUUUGUGUUAAAUCUGAUGUCUGGGACCAGUUUUCUUGCAGUAUUGCACGUCUUACAGGCCUGAAAAUGAAAUGUUUUUUUUUUCUCUUCUAGGGACACUUUUAUUUCCUGUGGCAUUUUUUAAUACAUUGAUGAGCCACUAUUCCGCAGCAGUGACUGUAAUUUGUGAAGCUGUGAACUUGACUCUGGCACAUGCUCUCAGAGGGUUUGAUGAGGACAGAGAUGAGCUGCAUGAUGGAAAGUGCAGAUGUUUGACAAGAAGAGUCACAGCGGAAUGAAAAAAAAAAAAAGACGAGAGGUUUUUAUACUACUGGAAGCAGAAACUUUUUUUUUUAUACAGCCCUUUGAUGACGAUGGUGAAGCAGAGGAGGACUGAGUUGUGUGUGAUAUCCUCGGCAACAAAACACCAGACUUUUUACAUAAUUUGCCUGAAUUGCCCCCCAAACACACACACACACACACACACACACACACGCACGCCUCCUUCACUCUGAUCUUGUCCACCAAAUGCAGCGGUAUAGAGUUAGAAAUUCCUCUCACUGAUGAUCCCAACAAAAAUCUUAAUGCAAAUGUAUGUGAAAAUAUGCAUAUCGCAGUUUCUAUAGAGAAACUUUAUGCAUCGGCAAUACAGUGUCUCACAAAUGUGUUUUAGCAUUUAUAACAAAGGUAGAUACGAGUGAGCGGAUGCCGUGAAGGGAUUGUGAUAACUCUUCCUCCAAUCUGGAAAUUGUGAAAAGAAAUCAGACUUUCCUGUUGAAGCAUGAUGAUCCUUCAAACGUGGAGUGAAAUGUUUGUACUUUUUGCUUCUCUUAGAUGUGCAUUUUGACCAGUACAAGAGGUGAUUUUUUUUUUUGAGACUGUGCCAACAAGUCAAGCACACCUGUUUUACUAUCUGAAUAUCUUUUUCAAUGUCUUUACUUGAGGCCAGUUUGUAACGUUGCGGCUCCUGGUUGCCUGUGCAGUUAAAUGAGAAAAUGAGCCUGACUUUUUCAAUCAUUUAUGCUCUGUAAAACAUUAUUACACUGAUGCAAUCUUUCUGUUUUUGGGUAGUAGUCAUAUUCUCUUUGUUGUUUGUAAUGCAAGGCUGUUGUACAGAUUAUAAACAUUUACAAAAUGAAGAAAAAAGGUGGCUGAAAAUUGAGAUUUCAUUUUUGUAUUCCUUAAAAGGCUUAUUUCACAUUUUUAAAGUUUUCUAUUUGAUUUGCUUGUAGCUUUUUUUUUUUUUUUCAUUUUGGAAUGUGUAGCAAGCACUAUGUGUUGCUUCAUUAAUGUGAAUACAAUAGAUUUAAAAUUUUCAUUGAGUUGUUUUCUGGAAAAAAUCACUGUAGAUGUAAGGUUUUUUUUUUUACUUUAAACAUUUUGCAAUCUCUAAAAUGUGUACAUGUGAAACCUGUGGUUAUAUUGAGCUUGAAUGCUGUGUUUUAAAAUUAAACAAACCUUAACUGUA